AUGUCUGUGGGCGUGCAGCGGGAGGAGUGGGAUGUGACAUUCCUCCUGCCAAAGGAACAACGUGCCGUUUACCCUCGCGUGCCGCUGCACAACAUUGGAGAUGUGGCCGAACUGACGCGUGACGCCGUUGCAACAUCGUUGAAGAUGCGGCGUUAUGCCUCUUCUCCAAACACUGAUGGACACUGUUUGGUUCCCGGCUUUCUUGUCUACCACUUUUCACCAAGGGAGUUGCAGCACUUGGGACCUGUACUGCUACAGCCAGACGGCAUGAGUUGGGCCUCACUCUGCCAGCGGCAAGGGGGUGUUGCGAGCAUGUUGCUGCAGAUUGUGCCGCUCAACGACCACACAAAUGCGCCUGGGAAAGGAGCCACCCCGGUGAAUGAGGAUCCCGUGCGCUCUGGCGGCGGUGGUGCAGGUGACUUGCCACUCCGCCCCCCAGCAGUGGGCGCUGUGGAAUUGCAGCAGUCAACUUCGUCCAUCGCCGGUGAGCCGGUGAGCCCAUUGCAAGACGACGAUGCGAUCGGGGCACCCGCUGAUAAGAAUUCCGAGAAAGUUAAAAGGGUGGCAACGCGGUUCUUACCAGAGGAACAUGAACGUCUCUAUUCUUCGGAGUCAAAGUUUCGCCUUCCCGAUCCUUCACUGGUCUUAGCGAGAUUGAGAGAGCAGAACAGCCUGCAGUCUCGGUCACGUGACAGAUUUCCGCAGAAAUUACCCCACGGCGGCGUAUCUGGGAGUACCCCCACCACAUCGGUGCGUGUAUUUGCACUCACCUAUGUGCUGGCACGGGUACAAUCUAUUUUGAGCAAAAGUGAAGCUAGAGAGAGGGACACCGGAAGGCCCCAGCCUGCGAUCACGCGAGAAGGGAUCCUGUACUUUGCUGCCGCUCUCGUGAAAUACUGGCAGACGAAGCUACUGCUGAGCCCCGUGGCAAUGGAGAAGGCGUGGGAAAGUCUCCCUCCGCUCAUACGGAAUGCACAGUGCGACUACCUCAGGAAUUCGGUGUACAGUUUCUGGAAGCAGCUCUGUGAGGCUCAGCAGUUAGAUGAAAGAAGCCCGAAAGGAACACAGACUUCUCGGCAGAAGUCACUCCAAGAUUUCGGACGAGCGCCGCCGCCGCAAGCAUCACCGUCUUUUUGCACGAACAGCUCCGGAGAGACGGAAGUGGAAGAGGUGGUGCUCGUGAAAGAAGUUACGUACUGUUCCUCCACCGGACCGCUCCCACUGCCAGUGGGGAGUAUGGCGAAUGGUAAACUUGCUGUCACUCUCUCUGCCCCGCCGCAGGUGAACGUGAAUGAGGAAGUUGUCAUUGUUGGUCAUCUGCUUUCGCGAAAUUCCGUCGGGUUGUUCUGGUGGGGUGUGGAGAGCAUUUCGACUUCGCAGGCAGCAGAAUUGGUGUUUCAAAGUGGGGAAUCUUCGACGCUCCUCUCGCUGGACACGUUGUACCGCCAGGGUCGUCUCACAACGUUUCAGGUCACCCCUAACACGUUUAUUCUCACCAUGAAGUCGUGGUCGUUACGUCCAUCGCGACACUAUCGCUUUGUAGUUGAGGUGUGUGAUGUGCGUAUAGGAGAGGUUGCUGUCAGUGAAGUGCGGCUUUGGACGCUAUAG